AUGCAACAGGCCAACGGCCGUAAACCAGCGACUGAGAAGAUGCCUAUGAGUCUGCGAAAAGGUAUUGAGAAGAGCCGCAAGAUGAAACAAGACAAGUACGAAGCAUAUGCCAAGGAAGCUGGCAUUGUCCUGGCCCGACCAGCUGCCGGGUCCGUGAAAAAGAAACCCGUCAAACGAGACCGAGGACUCAAAAUUGCAUCUGUCGGAAGAAACACCCGCCACGGUCUCGUCAUCAGCAAAGCCGAGAUCGCGAAAUACACCUCUGGUCGAGGCGGCGCCAAGGGCAAGCGGAAAUAG